GCUUUUUAUGUUUGUCUGUAUGUCUUGCUGCAAAACUAAUUGCCCCUUGGGGGACAUGAAUAAAGCUGAAUGAAUGAAUAUUUAACUACAUAAGCCGAGUGCACGUUUUUGAGGGUUUAAGUGCUUCAGGACGAACAGGCCAAAAAUAUCUUUGAGAUUCCAGAAAGAGGGAAGCGGGCAACCUGUCGGGGCUUUACAUCUGUGUCUGGCGUCCCCUCAUCGAUUCCUCCCUCCCCUACACGAGGAUUACAAGUGGCUUUCAAUGAGCCCGACUCCACUGCGCUCGCGAGCCGCUGUAUGCACACGAGACACACGCGCUCUCCACUAGACAAAGACAAUGAGCUGUCACACCUUUACAAUGAAUCCUAUGAGUUCAGCGUUAAAGAAAUGCUGAAAGGAAAGUCCAAGGAGCGAAAAAUCGGUCAGUUGUGCUGUAGGAACUCGCUGCUGGAACAAGACUACCUGUGGCCACUGUAGUGAGAGUAACAAGAGCCAGCCCUCGGCGUUUUCAACCGGCGAAACACACAACGCACAUUUACAUGGCAAAGUUCCUCGCCGAGCUGCUGGGAUGUACACUGCCCGAAAAAGGAGCAUCUCCAAUGUUCGAGUGCAGGAGUCAGCCACACAUCGGACUGAGGCAUGUCACCAAACAACGGCCCACCAUAUUUGGGACACUGAUUGAAAAAUCGCUGGGGGAUCACAAUGCAGACAAAAUGCCUCAAACGCCUCCCUUUCCAGCAAUGUAUGGGUCUAAUGGCUACAACAAGAAUCUCUAUAAGGCCAAGGAAGAGGACUAUGAAGGCCUGUAUUACCAUGACAACAACCUGGUGUCAGGGUCCUUGGAGGCUCUAAUUGAGCACUUGGUCCCUACGGUGGCUUACUAUCCUGAUAGGACGUACAUCUUCACAUUCCUGCUCAGUUCCCGUCUCUUUAUUCACCCAUACGAGCUCAUGUCCAAAGUGUGCCAUUUGUGUGUGGACCAGCAGAGACUCACUGAUCCUCAGGCUGAUAAGGCAAGAGUCAGGAAAAUUGCUCCCAAGAUCCUGCAGUUGCUGACUGAGUGGACGGAGACGUUUCCCUAUGACUUCAGGGAUGAGAGGAUGAUGAAGAGCCUGAAGGAACUAACACAUCGUCUGAGUUCUGGAGAUGAACUCUAUCGUAAGGCCGUGCAACAGAUGACACAAACACUGAUCCGUAAGCUCACCACACUGAGUCAGUACGAGGAGGCUCUGGCCAAGAUUAACUCCUCUGUGACCGACAGACUCACAGUGCUGAAGACCAAACCUCAGUCCAUCCAGAGAGACAUUCUGACCAUCUGCAGUGACCCCUUCAUCCUGGCGCAGCAACUCACACACAUUGAACUGGAAAGACUGAGCUACAUCGGACCAGAGGAGUUUGUUCAGGCGUUUGUUCAGAAAGACCUUCUUGAUAACGACAAGAGAUGCUUUGGUGAUCACAAAAAAGCAAGUAACCUGGAGGCUUAUGUCGAGUGGUUCAACAGGCUCAGCUACCUGGUGGCGACAGAGAUCUGCAUGCCUGUAAAGAAGAAACAUCGGGCUCGAGUCAUCGAGUUCUUCAUCGACGUGGCACGAGAAUGCUUCAACAUUGGCAACUUCAACUCGCUCAUGGCCAUCAUUAGUGAGUGUUUUGCCGUCCCUUGCUACACUUUGCUCCAGUUCUUACAGCUACAGAAAGCUCUUUUGUUCCCCACAAAUCAGUUUGGAUAA